AUGUCGGCACUGAACAAGAAAAACAACAAUGAAUGUUUGAUUCAUUUUGCCAGAACAAAGGAUAGUUUGUGUGCAUUUUCUAAAAAAAGGUUUGAAACCUUUCUGUGUCGUCGUGAGGAAUGGCUUCAGUUUGAAGAAGCUGCUUCGGUAAUAGCGAGAAAUUCGCUUCAAGUCUGCCGUCAAGACGAAAGCUCUGAAAAUUGUGAGCAAUAUUUUUUUCAUCAAAAAUGUUAUAAUUCAUUCACGGACAUUUCGAAAAUUAAAAGAGCUCGACAACAACAAAAGGUAGUCAAUUAUGAUGCGGAGAAAGAAAAAUCCAGCGAAGAAGUCGAGGAACCUCAAUCGCCAAAACCAAAACGACGGAGUCGAGUGUCAGGACAACAAGGUUCAAACAGAAAUGUACUUCCAGAUGUCUGCAUUAUUUGUAAAAGGAAAACAUCUUAUAUCAGGGACAAGGUAAGUUUCUCGCCACUUUUUACUGGUUUUUUUUUCAGUUUAUAGUACUAGGCCUAUCUAGCUAGGCUUUCUAGCGUGACUGUCCAUCAUAAAUAUUUGUUUUGCGCAAAUGUUAUUAGAAAUCCAGGAAAACUACCCGAGACAAAAUGCACCAAGCUGAAACAAUCGACUGUGGCUGUCUUCGGGAAGCUGCUGAAAGGAAGAAAGACGAAGCAAUUUUGAUUCACAUUCGUGGGAAAGAUUGUGUGGCAAUAGAAGUUAAAUAUCAUAAUUGGUAAUUUUAAAAUAUGAAGUACAAGGCUAAUUAACACUUGUGUAGUGACCUGUGGUGAUAAAACUGCGUAUUAAAAUUAAUUUAAAGUAACAGCAGGUCGAUGUGAAAGAAAACGUAUUAAUUAAAAAAAAUACAUGUAUAUUACAUAUAUUCCAUAAAGUUAAUUUUCUAUUAGGAUGUGUAUGCGAUAUAUGUUACAAACUCAUUAAUUCUGUUAUUCACUUCCUAUUUACUAUUUUAGAUGUUAUCAUACUUACACUAAAUUCCUGUCGAAUGAUGCACGAGCUAAAGCUGAAAAUGUACAUGAGCGAUCUUACAACCUGUUUUGCAAAGAAGUAAUCGAGGAUAAAAUAUUGGGGAAACACAAGGUUUACUACUUAACUAAGAUAUGUGACAAAUUUCUGUCUUAUCUGUCGAAGGAACAAGCAAGUGAAUCAAUCUAUCGUACAUCCAAACUGAAAAUUAAGUUGCAACGAGACUAUCCACAGUUAGUAUUUUUCUCGCUCAGUCGACAAAACAAAAGUGAGCUUGUUUACUGUGAAUAUAUCGAGACCGGUGAGGUGCUAGAGAAAAUGAAAUUUGAAAGUGUAAAUUGUGAGUCGGCAUCAGAUUUGGAACCUGACGACGAAGAAAUGACUGGAGAGAUGCCUCAAGAGGUUUCGCAAAGAAAUAAUGAAAUCGCAAAGUUGUACGAGAUAGCUAUACUAUUGCGAUCUUGUAUACAAGAAACUGCAACAUUCCCAAGAGUUUGGCCACCAACCUCGGUAGACAUUUCCAAUGAUGCAGCGAAAGAUAUCACUCCAAUUGUUCUAUUUAAUUUUAUCGCUUGGGUCAUGAAUAAAUCAGACGAACCUACUCUCGAUAGUUUUGUACGGUUGCAAAAGAGUGAAAAGAGAAAAGUACUUUGGUUGCACAAGAUAUGAUUUAUAUUACCCAUAACGGACGGAAGCCUACACCAAAAUCUGUUGCACUCAGCAUGGCUGUUCGACAAAUAUCUGGUUGUUCGAGCAUCAUAGAUAUCUUGAACGGGUUUGGACAUUGUGCAUCCUAUUCUAGUACGUUGCGACAUGACACGGCGCUGGCAAAGAUGAAUAUAAAGACGGGGAACUCUGUGCCCAAAGAAAUUUUGCCAAAUCGACACACCAUCUUAGUCUGGGAUAACGAUGAUUUUGGAGAAGAAGCAAAGGUCUCUACACACAUCACAAAUGGAAUAGCAAUACAGGAAGAAAGAGAAGACGAUGUCAUUCCCAACGUGAAUGUUCCAAAAAGUCAAGCGAAAUCUCUACCUGCGCCUCACUCCAAAAUUCUGCCCUACGUCAUUGGCAAAAAGAAGUCUCCUAACCUGAAAUCCAUCUGCAGCUCGUCCGACCUAGAAGAAAAAGUAUACGUCGCCGUGCAACAGUUUGCUGAAAAAUGCGAUUUUGCGUACUCUCUUAUCAAAAUGCAUUAUGGCGGUUGCUUACCAGAUUGGACGGGGUUCAACACAUUGUUAGCUGAAGACAAAAUCCCACAUGUUUCAAAGAUUGGUUAUUUGCCAGUUAUUGAUGCCUCGCCAACAGAGUACUCUACCGUGCAUACCGUUUUGAGUAAGAGUAAAGAUAUCGCGUCACAGUUAGGGAUGGAUUACAUGGUGUUAGUAUUUGACGAGGCAAUCUACUCCAAAGCACAGCAUAUCAGAUGGAAGAACCCAGAGUUUAUGGAGAAAUUUAUAAUUCGUAUGGGGGAUUUCCACGCAAUAAUGUCAUUUUGUGGUGCAAUUGGCAAGCUUUUCAGAGAUGCAGGUCUUCAGGUAAAUAAUUUUUGUUAUGAUAGAACAAAAAAAGGAUAUAUUAUAAUUUUUUUUACUUUUCGUGCAAAAAAUUGACAGUGUGCGUUUCCCUAUUACACCAGAAAGACACUAGAAAAGCAUACAUCCAAUGCUUCAAGGCGGUCUGUCAGCGUUUCAGACAUUUUUGUAUAGAGAAUGUGUCACCAAAUGGUACACUCCCAAAUUAAUCUAUACUUGUUUGUUUAGGACAUAUUGAUUGAAUCGGGCGUUGUUGGUACAUGA